AUGGGAGACGAGAGUGGACCUUCCAAGGCUGAUCUACAGACAGCAAUGCGCAAAUUGAGAUCAUUGCCCGGAAACAAACUGUGUUUUGAUUGUAAUGCUCGAAACCCCACUUGGGCUACCGUCACAUAUGGUGUUUUCUUAUGCAUCGAUUGCUCAGCAACUCACAGAAAUCUCGGUGUGCAUUUAACAUUCGUUCGAUCAACUAAUCUUGAUACUAACUGGAAUUGGUUACAAUUAAGAGCCAUGCAAAUCGGAGGAAACGCUAAUGCUACACAAUUCUUCAAACAGCAUGGCUGCAACAGCACCGAUGCUCAAGUGAAAUACAAGAGUAGAGCUGCACAACUUUAUAAGGAUAAGCUUGCUACUCUUUGUGCUGAAGCUCAACGCCGUUAUGGGACACAACUCAUGAUUGAGACCGCCGUGAUGACUGAAGAAACUCAGAAAGAAGAUGAUUUCUUCGAUCAAGAAUUCGGCUCGAUGCCAGUUUCCCAAAGUUCAUCAUCGUUAAGUAGUGAUGCUUUUAUUUCUCAAGAGAAACACGACGACUUCGCUGGUCCGAAAGUUGAACACUUGGAUUCUUCCACAUCAGCCACCAAUCCAGCCCCAGUCUCUGUUAUAUUGAAAAAGCCAGUUAAGAAAGUCGCUCUUGGGGGCAAAAAAGGAGGUUUGGGUGCUCAAAAAAUCAAAAUCGAUUUUGAGGACUUGGAACAAAGAGCCGAAGAACAUGAAAAGAACAAGACUAUGCAAGAAACUGCUGCUGCUGCUAUUAAUUUGAAUUAUGAGGAAGAUAGAAAAGAACCUGAAGUAGCGAAACUCAGCACUCGCCUAGCCAUGCAACAAAUCGAUGCCCAGAAAAAAGUCAUGGAGUCUAAAGUAUCUGGUGAUCCUCAAAAGGCUGCGGCUGUUGACCGUUUGGGUAUGGUCGGCCUAGGAAGGCCCAGAGCUGCACAUUCUGUUGCUUCUGGUGUGCGCAAAAUCCAGCAAGCCGAUUUGUCAUCCAGAGCUGCAACUACCCCUUCAAGAGCAGAAGAGGAGUGGGAGUUUGUGGACGAUGGAUUUAGUAAAACUGAAAGUACAAGCGAGAAAACUUUCGACGAUUUUGCUGACUUGAAGUCGUCGAAGCCUGCUAAGCAGGAUGAUUUCUUCGACAACUGGGAGCAAAGCGCACCACAAAAAUCACGUUAUUCUACCCCAAGUAAGGCUCCAGUAGCUGCUGCAGCUAACGAUGUAGAUGUGCAUAAGAAAUUCGGAAACGCUAAGGCCAUUUCUAGUGAUAUGUAUUUUGGAAGUAAUGAAAUGGAUUAUGAAACUAAAUCAGCGUUAUCCAAGUUUGAAGGACAGAGCGCUAUUGGAUCUGCUGAUUUAUGGGGAGGAGGUAGCCAACAACAACAGUCUUCAUAUUAUUCAAGCCAGGUUCCGGAAAUGUCAGAAAUUAAAGAUUCGUUGAGAGCUGGGGCAUCCAAAGUUGCUGAAAAGUUCUCCACAUUAUCAUCUUCAUUCUCUUCCUAUAUGAAUCGUGCUCCAGCUAAGUCUUGA